ACAACGGCACAACCACCUCAAAAGUGUACUUUCCCGCAACAUUUGCGAAAGAGUUGCUUCCUCAAUUUCCGAUCCCUCUUGUCGGAGUUGCUCUGUUUUCACAGCUGUUACUGUAGCUUUCUUUUGGUCUUUUGGGGUUGCUUCUGAACCGUGGCUAAAUUAAAAGAAUACGUCAUGGAAGAGGAGGGGACCCAGAAAGUUGAUCGUCAAGAGCCUGCGCCGUCGGUUGAAGAAAAGGGAAAAGUUGAUGAAGAGAGAGCUCCAAACGACGUAGCUGAAGAGAAGAAGGCUGUGAUCCCACCUCCUGACCAGAAGGCCGUUCCUGCUGUUAAUGAAAAGGUUGCAGAUAUUGUUAUUAUGAAAAGUUCAGGGGGUCCGGUCGACAGAGAUGCUGUGCUUGCACAGGUUGCAAAUGAGAAAAGGCUUGCUUUAAUUAAAGCAUGGGAAGAAAGUGAAAAAACAAAGGCAGACAACAAGGCAUAUAAAAAGCUCUCCGCUGUUGGAUCAUGGGAAAACAGCAACAAAGCUUCUGUAGAAGCACAACUCAAGAAGAUUGAGGAAAAAUUCGAUACAAAGAAGGCAGAGUAUGCUGAGAAAAUGAAAAACAAAUUGGCUGAUAUCCACAAGGAAGCGGAAGAAAAGAGGGCAACAAUUGAUGCCAAACGAAGAGAAGAAUUCCUUAAGGUAGAGGAGACAGGUACAAAGUUCCGUGCUUCUGGAUAUAUACCUAAGAAAAUCCUUGGAUGCUUCAGUUACUAAGCUUCUCAGGCAAAUAACACAGAACAAAAAUAAAAGAGAAGUCCUUCGGAAUUGAGUUUGCCCAUUUUCUUCUUUGGCUUGGUUUCAAGUGUUCUUUGUCAUCGUAUAGUGUGUUUUUGUGUUUGUAUGUGUGAAACGAAACUUCCAUUUCUGAGAGCCAUAGGAAUUCCAGUUGUAAGCAAGAUGAUUUAUUUAUUUUUGGAUAAAUUAAUAAUGUUAUUGAAAAUCCAAAAUUCAUACAA